AUGUCUUUCGAGCCCGUCAUGCCUCCCUAUAACUCGAGCGAUCCAUCCGCGAACUUCCUCAGCUCCUCCUGUCUUGACUUUCUCCUCAUCGAACUCGUUCCUAUGGCCUACCGCGUCACUCACGAGAGGGAUGCUGUCGCGUCAGACUCAAAUAGCACACCUACCGAUGUUGCCUCUACCAGCCACGCAGUCAGCUCCAACGCUGCUGGCAUAAUGGCCGGCACGGCGACACGGAAGGAUGAGGAGGAAGAUAUGGAUGCGGUGCAUUAUCGACUUGAGAUGCUGGGCUACAGAGUUGGACAGGGUCUUGUAGAGAGAUUCUCGAGAGACCGGCCACGAUUCAACGAUACACUCGACGUCAUUAAGUUCCUGUGCAAAGAUCUCUGGACAUUGGUGUUUGGCAAGAAUAUUGACAACCUUAAGACAAACCAUAGAGGAGUAUAUGUAUUGACCGAUAACGUCUUCCGACCCUUCUCUCGCAUGAGCACAGAAGCUGGGGGCCAAGCUAUUGUUCGCGCACAACCGUUUCUAUGGUUCCCAUGUGGUGUCGUUCGGGGCGCAUUAGCUGCCCUUGGAAUCAAUACCAGUGUCCAAGCUGAGAUCAACGAGUUGCCGGGAGCCGUCUUUCAGAUUAAAACCAUAUCAAACAAAUCCUAA